AUGCUCAUACGGAGUCCGUAUUUCGAAACCAUGUUCUCUAGUGAAUUCUUGGAGGCGCAAAAGUCAGAGCACCUUCACGUCGUGAAGCUUGACUGUAUACCAGAGGUUCUCGAGAUCAUAUUGACAUUUCUGUACACCGAGAAAGCCGACUGCCCACUUGACUUGGCUUUGGAUGUUCUCUACACUGCGGACAUGCUGUUCUUGGACAAGCUCAAAGCAAAGGCAGCGGUUGCCAUUAGCACACUGGGCAGUGCAAGCAACAAUGUUCUGAUUGAUCGAACACAUAAUAUUGCUGAGAAUGGCGAUGGAGAGGUUGUCGAGAUGGAACCCAUCAAUAUCUACGAUGUUAUUCACGCGGCCUGGGACCUGAAGGUACAGCGGCUGGAAGAAUUUGCCGCAAGAUACCUAGCUUAUCGGCUAGAGGAUUAUAUCGAUGAACCCGAAUUUGCCGACCUGAUCCAGGAGAGUGCCUCCAGGCUAAAGACAAGAGAGGAAACCGAUACGAUCGAGUUGUUGGACGAUAUACGAUACUACCUGUCAGAGCGCUUCCGACUCCGUUUCGAGGAUGCAGGUCUUGAUGAGAUGUUGGAUGAGAAUGGGGAGAUCAACACUGCCGUUGUGGAGGAGCUUGCUGCAAGGGACGGUCAAGCCGAGCCCCAAAACGGAAAUGCUACAGGAGAUGGCACAGUGCUUACGCCUGUGGCUCAACUGCAACCCAUUGUGUUUGAGGACGGUGGUGUGAAGACCCUUGAAGGAGAGGUGGUUGAAGAUGAAUUUGCAUCAGAUGCCCUCAACUAUCAAAUCCUUCUGAGGAAGAUCGAUGUAAUGCUUGACCGUCUUAAGCUCGACGCUUAG